AUGCCAGAGGAUGGAGAGGCACCAGAUGUUCCUCUUGACAAUGCGGUGAUGUCCAGGCUCAAGCAAUUCAAAGCAAUGAACAAUUUCAAAAAAGUUGCAUUACGGGUGAUAGCAGGUUGCUUAUCAGAGGAAGAGAUCAUGGGGUUGAAGGAGAUGUUUAAAGGUAUGGACACUGAUAGCAGUGGAACAAUUACACUCGAGGAGCUAAGACAAGGACUUGCUAAGCAAGGUACAAGGUUGUCAGAGUACGAAGUCCAGCAGUUGAUGGAAGCUGCUGAUGCUGAUGGCAAUGGAACAAUAGACUAUGGUGAGUUUAUCGCAGCCACAAUGCAUAUUAACAGACUUGACAGAGAAGAACAUCUCUACUCAGCCUUCCAACACUUUGACAAAGACAACAGCGGAUAUAUCACUAUGGAAGAGCUGGAGCAAGCCCUCAGGGAGUUUGGCAUGAAUGAUGGCAGAGACAUUAAAGAGAUCAUUUCUGAGGUUGAUGGAGACAAUGAUGGACGGAUAAACUAUGAUGAAUUUGUGGCAAUGAUGAGAAAAGGAAACCCGGAGAUCCCAAAGAAGCGGCGUGACCUCUCAUUUAAAUGA